CACUUAUCAGUCAACUGAGCCUUGACUUCUUCAAUUGGACAGACAUCACCUGACAGCUACGUAUCCACCCUCCUUGUAAAUUCAGGGAAAUGCGGUUCAUACUGUACGUUCUCCUUCUGGGCAUUGCCACAAGUCAGGAUGUUCGUUUUGACUGUCAUCCUGAACCAGAUGCUAACAAGGCAGAAUGUGAAAAUAGGAAGUGUAUCUGGACGGAGGACACUACGGAAGGGGCACCACAUUGCUAUAUGAAAUCCGGCAUUGGCUACAAGCUUUUGAAUAAGACAGGUGAUGUGAGAACACUUACAAAGAACGACGGACCAAAGAGCCCUUGGGACAAAGAUCUUAAGGAAAUACUUUUCGCUUCAAAAAAAAUUGGAAAGACCUUAAAUGUCAAAAUCUACCUUCCUAACAGGUACGAGCCACCACUUGAUCUACCACUUGAGGAGUCCAAGUCGAGUGAGGAAUUAGAGCUUACCACAUACGAUGACAAGGAUCCAUUUUACUUCACCGUCUCCCGUAAAUCCACUCAUACAACACUGUUUGACACUUCGUUAGGGGGACUAAUAUUUUGCGACAAGUUCAUUCAAAUUGCUACAAAAUUACCAUCUGAAGCAAUGUAUGGAUGGGGAGAAAAUGUCCAUCCAACACUAAAGCACAAUUUUACACGCUACACAACGUGGGCAAUGUUUGCAAGGGAUGAACCACCAAGUUCGAAUCACAUUGAAACUAAAAAUCUCUACGGGGUCCAUCCAUUCUACAUGGUGUUGGAGCCAGACGGCAAAGCUCAUGGAGUGUUGAUUCUCAACAGCAACGCACAGGAGGUCACAACUGCGCCAGGACCUGCGUUGAUCUAUCGUACCAUUGGAGGCAUUCUCGAUAUGUAUUUCUUCCCAGGUCCUACUCCAGAAGAAGUAACGCAACAAUAUCUUGCACUAGUCGGAAGGCCUUUCUUGCCUGCAUACUGGGGACUGGGCUUCCAGAUAUCACGUUAUGGCUAUAAGGAUCUGAAUGAGCUGAUAAAUAUAACCGAAAGAAAUGUGGCAGCAGGCAUUCCUUUAGAUACAACAGUGGCAGACAUAGAUUACAUGGACAGAUACAAAGACUUUACCACUGGAGAGAAAUGGCAAGGACUAGCCGAAUACACCAAAAAAUUGCACGAUAAGGGAAUGAAACUGAUCCCAAUAUUUGAUGUGGGCAUACAAGUCGAUGAUGCUGCUUUCAAAAGAGCAUUGGAUAAGGGUGCUCGAUUCCUUGAGUGGGAGCGACAAGACCAAGUUCCUAAGGAUAUUCAUGAGAAGUAUCCAUUGGUGAAAGACAAAAAAGUUAUGCUGGCCGUUGUUUGGCCAGAUGGACACAUUGCAUUCCCUGACUUUUUCGAUCCAAACGGCAAUACUACAGACUGGUGGAUUAGCGAAUUUGCAAAUUACUUCAGAAAAGUACCAUACGAUGGUAUCUGGAUUGAUAUGAAUGAACCGGCUGCUUUCGGCACCAACGAAGAACGUCCAUGGUACUUUGACAAUCCAGAUCAUCCGAACAUAACUCCACUCAAAUGUCCUAUCGAUCCAACAAAGAAAGAUUCGCAAUGGGAUGUGCCCCCCUACGCAACGCACGCAGUCUGGCGUUGGGGAAAGGACGCUCACUUAUCCAACAAAACAAUGUGCAUGCUUGCAUUGCAAGGUAAUGGAAAAUAUCGUCACUAUGAUGUGAAAAACAUUUAUGGUUGGAGUGAGGCAAAAGCGACGUUGCAAGCUCAGUAUAAAGCAACCGGGAAGAGAGGAGUUGUGGUGUCCAGGUCCACAUUCCCUUCUGGCGGACGAUACGCAGGGCAUUGGCUAGGGGACAACAGCGCCACAUGGGCAGAUCUCCAGUCAGCCGUGAUUGGUGCACAAGAAUUCAAUAUGUUUGGUUACCCGUAUAUUGGUUCCGACAUAUGCGGCUUCAACGGAGAAACAAAUGAAGAGCUAUGUCUAAGAUGGCAACAGAUGGGAGCGUUCCACACUUUUAUGAGGAACCAUAAUGCCAUUAAUCUUCCACCUCAAGAUCCUUUCAUGUGGGAAACUGUCACGGAUGCUACUAUAAAAGCCAAUCUUUUCCGUUAUAGCUAUCUACCAUACUUAUACAGCUUACAUUUUGAGGCAUCUAUGUACGGAAAGACAGUAAUUCGACCAGUUUUCUAUGAGUAUCCAACCGAUACGAAGACUCAUGAUCUAGGCAAUGAGUUCCUUUGGGGUAGUUCCAUGCUUAUUGCUCCAGUGCUAAAGAAAGAGGCUAUUAGUGUGCAAGCUUACUUGCCCAAAGAUGACUGGUAUUCUGUGUUUGAUCAUAAAUAUGGAGAACUUAUACCGCAUGGAGAACAGACAUUCCCUGCUCCGUGGGCUUCUUUGAUUCCAGUCUUCGUUAGAGGUGGAGCCAUAAUUCCAUGCCAAAAGCCCAACGUCACGACGGAGUACACAAGGAAAAAUGCUUUCAAACUAGUGAUUGCUCCUAAAGCAGACAAAGCUGACGGUUUCCUUUAUUGGGACGAUGGCGACAGCAUAGUUGAAUCAUUUUCAACAUAUUCUUACUAUCAUUGGACUUUCCAUUACAAGGAGGAUAAAUCUAGGGCGAGUUUGACUAUCAACGGAACAAAAAAAGCCAACAAUCUGCAAAUUCCUACGCUUGACACUCUGGAGAUUUUUAAUUAUAAGUACUACGCUGAUUUUGACAACUUCACUUUGAACGGCAAUGAGGUCGAAAUUGACAAAGACGCUUCGAGUUACAACUCCGGCAAAAAAAUUCUGUAUAUCACAAAGCGAAAUUUCCUUGACAUGACCGCGGAGGUGACAGAGUUGUCAUGGACACAUACAGAACCUCCUGAUGACGCAUCGUGGAAGUGUACGCAAUCUUGGCUGUUACUGCUAACGUGUCUUAGUCUUCUCAAACUUUUCUGAUUAACAAACUUUAGUCCAAGAUUGUGCUCGUGAUUGGUCUGCAAACUGUGUCAACAAUUCUUAGCUCACUCAUUAGAUUUUCUAUUGCACAAUGGGAAAAAUGCAUUUUUGAUAAGGAAAGCAAAGCGAUUUAAUGAUAUCAUUUCAUGUCAAUAAAGGAUCAGUAUAUUGUGAUGU